AUGCCUUCCGAAAAGCCAUUUCACCAUAGGACUACCCUCAAACAAAUCAAUAAACCCUUUAAAUCAAAACAUGCAACAAAGGGAGCUCUCAAAGAUCAGGCAAAAGGAAAAACGAAUCGUAAGCCCAUAAAACAAGUCCGGUCAAAUUUUAUUUCGAAGGCCGAUCGUCGUAAUGCCGCAAAAUUGGAACAGCAGAAAAAGAGAGCCGAAAUAGUAAAAACUAAUAGGCUAUUUGAGGGGCGACACGGCGCGCCUAGAAUUGUGGCAGUCGUUCCUUUAUGUUCAGAUGUGAAUUCAUACGAUGUUGUAAAAAGUAUCUGUUCGAGUAUCGACCAACCGAUUCCAUCAGUCACUAAAGGCAUAUCUUUCUUAAAUGCCGAACGUUUCAAGCAAAAAAUUCAGUUUGUUCUAUUAGAUCGUAACUUUAUCGACAUCAUAGACGCGUGCAAAGUUGCAGAUUUUAUUUUAUUUGUAAUCUCUGCAGAUGUGGAGGCAGAUCAAUUUGGCGAGUUAUGCCUUCAAGCGAUUCAAUCGCAAGGUUUUCCAACACUAAUUACAAUAGCUAUGCACAUGGAGAAAGUUCCACAAAAGAAACGAAAUGACGUUAAGAAAUCAUUGUUGAGUUUCAUUAAUUAUUUCUUUCCAGACGAAGAAAAAGUUCAUGUUUCAGACCAGUCACAGGACGUCCUCAAUGUACUACGAAUAAUUUGCACACAACGUCCUAAACAAAUAUUAUGGAGGGAAACAAGGCCAUAUAUGCUUGCAGAAGAAUUGAUCUUUGACGCGGACAGUAGUGAUAAUUUUGGAACUCUCAGGGUUUCCGGAUAUGUUAGAGGAUUAGCAUUUUCAGCAAACCGAUUGGUGCAUUUACAAAAUUUCGGUGAUUUUCAAUUAAAUAAGAUUACCACAUCAAAUCUAAAAAAUCACGAGGAUGGUCGAGACAUGGCGAAGGAUAUUCAAAUUUUGGAAGUUCCGAAUCCAGGCGAACAGGAUUCCCUGAUCGCAGAAAAUGAACCUAAUUUAAUGGAAAGUGAUCAAACCUGGCCAACCGAAGAAGAAAUGUCUGGAUAUGAACACCGCGCAAAACCAACCGGAGAUAUACCAGAUGCGCUUCCGGGUACAACUCCAAGUAGAAUUAUUAAGCGUGUACCUAAAGGGACGUCGGCCUAUCAAGCUGCUUGGAUAGUUGAUUCGGAAUCAGAUAGUGAAUAUAUUUAUAGUGAUGAAGAAGGGGAUAUUAGUAUGGCUUAUGAAGAAGAGUCUAAGGUUGUUGAUGUGAAGGACACACGUGAGGAUGAUGAUGUUGAAUACGAAGAAAUUGAAGUUGAAGACAAAAAUAGUAAAUCAAUGAUUCAUAUGGAUCAUGAGGAAGAGGAAAGACAAUUAAAAGAAUACUUGGCUAAGCGGGAAAAGGAACGUAGAGAUGAUCUCGAAUUUCCUGAUGAAGUGGACACGCCACUAGAAAUUGCAGCCCGCACAAGGUUUCAGAAAUACCGUGGUCUGGAGAGUUUUCGGACUUCUCCAUGGGAUCCAUAUGAAAACUUACCAAUUGACUAUGCUCGCAUUUACCAGUUCGAAAAUUAUAAGAGAACGAAGAAAAGAGUAGUAUCAUUAGCUUCUGUUGGUGGAAGUAAAGUAAAGGUUGGUGCACUUAUUACUUUACACAUAGCCAACAUCCCUAGAGAAUUAGCAGAGACGUACGAUCCAUCUCGGCCAUUCGUUGUUUUCGGCCUUUUAGAAUAUGAACACAAGAUCUCUGUAUUGAAUUUCGUAAUUACACCUAAUAGCGAAUACCAUGAUCCUGUAAAAUCCAAGGAUCCACUCAUAAUGCAUUAUGGGUUCCGACGUUACAAAGUAAGCCCUCUAUACUCGCAAAAUACGUUAGGAGGCAAAGGAACCAAUAAUGUUCAUAAGUACGAGAGAUUCCUUAAUCCCGGUAGGACCUGCGUUGCAACAAUAUAUGGUCCAAUUCAAAUUGGAAAAGUGCCAGUGACCCUUUACAAAGAAACGGAUGACGUUAAUUCACCGAUAUUUGUUUCAAACGGAUUUUUUUCGAACUCGGAUCCACAACGAAUAAUUGCAAAGCGCAUUAUUCUCACCGGACAUCCGUUCAAAAUCAAUAAAAAAUCGGCCGUUGUAAGAUACAUGUUCUUUAAUUCUGACGAUGUCUUAUGGUUCAAGCCAAUUCAACUGGUCACAAAGUAUGGUCGAAUUGGGCAUAUCCGCGAAUCUUUGGGCACCCAUGGAUACAUGAAAUGCAUAUUUGAUUCACCCAUAACCCAACAAGACACCGUUAUGAUGAACCUAUAUAAGCGAGUGUUCCCAAAAUGGAAUACUACGCUAUUGUGGCGUGGAGGGUUAAAGGCAACAAAUGCGACUUCGAGCGAAGAUCAAGGCAAAAUGAAAGAUUUGAAGAUUAACGAACAGGAUGUUGAGAUGACAGUGUGA